AUGGAAAAUUGGAAUCAAUCAGCUUCUCCCAUCACAUUUUUCAUUAUUGCUGGCAUUCCUGGACUCAGGAACUGGGAAGAACGUGGCAUCCUAUUUGUAAUUUUCUUCAUAAUAUACACUGUCACUUUCACAGAAAACUUAAUGUUCAUUGCUGUAAUAAGACUUGACCAUGGUCUGCAUUCCCCAAUGUACUUAUUCAUAUGUAAUCUGGCUUUCCUGGAUCUUCUCAUUCCUUCUGUUACCAUCCCAGAAAUGCUCUACUAUUUGGCUACGGGGGAUGGCCAUAUUACUUUUGGUCCAUGCAUUAUGCAGAUGGCAUUCUACCUCAUUUUUUUAGUUACGGAAAGUUUCAUCUUGGCUGUAAUGGCUUAUGAUCGUUACCAGGCCAUAUGCAACCCAUUGCUUUAUCCUACAGUCAUGACCACCAGGCAGGUCUUCUUAUUAUCUGUUUUUAGCUGGACAAUGGGCAGCAUUUACGCAUCAAGCUAUGUAUACAUUGUCCUAUCUGCAAACUUUUGUGGACCAAAUACCAUUAAAUAUUUUUGUUGUGAUUAUUCAUCCAUCAUGUUAUUGGCCUGUGCUGAUGUCUCAAGUCAGAGAAUAUAUGAUAAGUUAAUUUCAUUGUUUAUCAUGUCAGUCCAGCUCUUUCUUAUUUUGUUUUCCUAUGGAAAGAUCAUAACCACAGUAUUUAGAACAUCAUCUACUGAAGGCCAGCGAAAAGCCUUUUCCACUUGUGCCAGCCAUAUACUAGUCAUUGGUAUUUUCUACCUGUUUAUGGCAUUUGUAUUAAUCUCUUUUGGGGUGGCUGAAAUUUCUGACCAAGUACGAACUCUGUCUGCUAUUGUUCAGAAUGUUGUGCCAUCCAUGAUCAAUCCAGUCAUAUACUGUGCAAAAACAAAAGAAAUCAGGAUCAGUAUCAUGAAGAUGCUUAAAAAAAUGCAACUGUAA